AGCUCAGCCUGCAGCUGCAACGCACUCUGCUGUUACUAUUCCUGUCAAACGGCUUUAAUGCACAUUACACACUCAAUGCAACACAGAGAGGACGGGUGCUCCAGCGCACCAACACACACACACACACACACACACACACACACACACACACACACACACACGCACACACGCAGCAUUAGCAGCAGCAUGUGGCUUCCCUAGCCCUCUCUCUCUCCCUCUUUUUUUUAAACAGAGGCUCGCCCGUCCUCAGUCGGUGGGCUGGGUGUGUGCUGGACAGAGCGCACAACGAUCAGAGGAAGCCAAGACAGCGAGCAACGUGAACGAAGAUGAGGAGAACGAAUGUGAGCCGUGUUUGAUCCGGAAUAAAACUCCAGAUUCUGGUUUGAACAAAGACUCGAGCCUCUGGCUUUUAAAUCGAAACCACUUUGUGCCCUUGAAGAGAGAAAAGCUGGUUCAAUCAGAAACCAGAAAUCGCUGCUUUUAGAGCUGCUUCUUUGCCGAAUGCUGCAGAUGAAGGAGAAGAAGAACAGUUCCUCUGCUCUUUCUCUCUUUGGAGGCUGAAACUGCAGCAGAUGUUCUGCUUGUACAUUUUUUUUCAGGACUCUCUCCAAAGCUGAACGUUUGCGUGACCCGGCCGAGAGAAAGAACAGCUGGAUGGCAGCCUGAGGUUUCAGUGGAUUUGAUGUGGCAGACAUGAAGAACCAGUACCAGUAUGGACGAAGUCAUCUGGAGAGACUGGUUUGCGUGGCUCUGUCCACUCUGGUGUUGGUUCUGCUGGGACUUCUGGGAUCCGUCACAGGCUGUCCUGGUGUCUGCACCUGCUAUGGCAAUACCACUGACUGCACUGCUGUUGGACUCCUCUCUCUGACGCCUAUCCUCGGGCUGGUUGCCCAGGACUCUCUGGCACUCCACCUACCCCAGAACAAUCUCACCUUCCUGGGCAAAGCUGAGCUGUCCAACCUCAGCAGCCUGGAGGUACUGGAUCUUUCCCAGAACCACUUUUCAACCUUGCAGCCUGGAGCUUUCCUAGGCCUGAACAGCCUGCGCCGCUUAAACCUGUCCACCAACUACCUCAGUAAACUCAACAGCAGCACAGUGACAGUCGAGGCCUUCAAUGGAAGUCAGGGGAGUAUUGGAUUGAGCAAGGAGGUUUUCAAGGGGCUAUGGCAGCUGCAGGAGCUUGAUCUGUCCUCCAACGGCCUUCUGUGGCUGCCCAAGGGCCUGCUGGAUGGGCUUCAGAGACUCACCUGGUUGUCUCUGGCCAGCAACUGGCUUGUGACCCUGGACAGAGUCACAUUUGAACCCCUGGUGGGGCUACAGCACCUCCUGCUGGUGGGAAACCCUUGGAAAUGCGAUUGCAAGCUGAGAGACUUCAAGCACUGGAUGGAGUGGUUGAUUUACAGGGACGGGCAGGUAGAUGUGAUGCAGUGCAGCCUCCCAGAGGAUUUGAAGGGCAGGGACAUCCGCAGCGUGCCAGCAGAGAUGUUCAGCUACUGCCUCCAGACUUCAACCAAGGAAGGUGCCACCCGGCCUCCUUGCCCGCCCGGCCGGGUCGGAGGUGCCGAUGAUUGCAUCCGUCAGCGCUACAGACCCGCGAGCGUCCGCCGGGCACAGGGCACACAGGUAGUUGCGGCCGUUGUGUGCGGCACAGUGUGCGUCAUGAUGGUGGUGGCAGCAACUUAUGGGUGCGUCUACGCCUCGCUGGUAGCCCGCUACCAGAAAGAGAUGAAGAGCCGCGGGCAGCCCCUGAUGGCUGAGUCUGGAGCUGACACAGACCUGGAGGACGGGCAGACGUCAUCCCCGACCUCACUGGAGGAGACGCCGCCCAAAGAGGCCUGCGGCUUCGUGCACAGUUAUAGAAUCAGCAGUUUCUAACACACUGAUUUCUGCUUCUGUACUUCAGCUCUCAUCACUGAUGAGACGAGGUCUGCAGAGAGAAACCCUGCAGCUCACUGGGCGAAACUCUCCGGGUGGGGACUGAUUGUGCAGCUGAAUGGAGCGGACUAAAUCCAGUGAAGAUGUGAUUCUGCAGUACUUCUUUUAAUGUAUGGAUGCUCUGUGAAUUGUUAUUCCCUGCGCUGCAUCCCUCAGCCAGCUUUGAAACUUCUCUCAAGCUGCUGUUUGGCACUUCUGCAGCUUGACUUUCCCUUCAUGUGUGUUUCUUCUUUAGAAAUAUGAAUCUACAUUUAGUUUCCACCUUUGGAUCUGAGCCCAAGAAGCACAAAGUCAAAAAGUACAAACGUCUGUGAAUGUGUGACAUUUCUCUUGAUGUGUGCUGCAAAAAAUUACUUUUCUCUUAAUCAGUUGUGCGUGUUUUACAUUCCCCAUUUUGCAGAAUAAUUCUUUGUACCUGUGUUAGGUGGAUGCCCCUGCUGAAUCUUCUCAGAAUAACAAACACUUUGAACCACAUCAGAGUCCUGCUGCUGUCAGGUAAACGCUGCUUUAAGCUUCAUCACAGGUUAACUGCAUUCAAACAAUACUAGAACUGUACUGCCGCCUAGAGGGCAAGCUUAGAGCUGCAACAGCUUCUAAUCCAGCACAAAGAAACAGCGAUUACUACUAUUAUCUCCAGCAUUGUGAAGUAAAGAAAGAGCGUGAGGAGAUCAGCUCACAUGUGAUAAGCACAUGAAAUAAAUUGAAGUGUAAUUGAACUCAAGGACUGUUAAUCAUGCUGAAGGUAAUAAACUCUUUAUUUAUCUAAA